AUGCUGCUUAAUGCCAAGACAGCCAUUUCCACCUCCACGGUGCUUUUAGUCCCAUAUUCCAAAUGGCACGUUCCAAGAUACCAUGAAUGGAUGAAAGAUGAGGAAAUCCAAGAAGCAACCGCCUCCGAACCCCUCUCUAUAGAGGAAGAAUACGCCAUGCAACAAAGCUGGCGCCAAGACCCGGACAAAUUAACAUUCAUCGUCUGUCUCCCAUCACCAUCCCAAACAGAAACCUCAACACCCGCCAUCAAAGACACAGACGACGCCUCGGAUCGAAUGGUCGGAGACAUCAAUUUAUUCCUCCGCGUCGAUGACGGCGAAGAAGGAGACGCGGAGCCCCAAAUCAUCGGGGAAAUUGAACUAAUGAUAGCCGAGAAGAAUAACCAGCGCAAGGGCUUUGGGAAAGCCGCUCUGAAUACUUUCCUACGGUAUAUCGUUGACCAUGAAGCGGAGAUUUUGGAUGAGUUUGUUAGCAGGGAUGAGACUGCCGCGACGGCAUUGAAGGGGAUGGAGGCGGUCCUUAAGUUUGCUUGUUUGAGUGUGAAAAUUGGUCAGGCUAAUGAGCGGAGUCUGGCGCUGUUUGAGGGUGCUAUGUUUCGGAAGGUUGCUGAGGAGCCGAAUUACUUUGGGGAGUUUGAGUUGAGGAGGGAAAGGGAGGCGCUUGGACGGGAGAUGGUUGAUGUGAGUUUGGAGAGGGCUGGGGUGUCGGGAUUUGCUGGUUAUGAUAGAAUACUGUCACAUAGAUCUUAG